UGGGUUUCCCUAGCGACGCGUCGGCGCUGCGGACUUGGCUCAGUCGCGGGAGCCGCGCAGUGCAGAGAAGCACCAAAAGAGGCAAACUGAGAUUAAGAGAAAUGAUCAUCCGUAUGCUGAUCAUUUUGAUAGUUGUUUGCUAUGUCUUUGGCUGAUCUAACAAAAACAAACAUAGAUGAACAUCUCUCCAGUGUGGCAUUAGAAAACAGUAGCAGGUCUGCAGAAUGCAAGAGGAGCCCUGACACGGGCGGUUCUUCAUGGAACAGGAACACCUCCGAGGAGAGUGUUGACUGCAGCAGAUCUCACUGCUCCUGCCGGAGUUUAAGUUCUCAGUACGGUUAUUCAAAAGACUUUCUCUCUGAUUGUUCAGAAAAGGCCAUUAAUAGAAAUUAUUUCAAGCAGCCUGUGGUAAAAGAAAAGGAGAAGAAAAAGUAUAAUGUUUCUAAAAUCUCCCAACCUAAAGGCCAGAAGGAACUCUCAGUUGAAAAAAAGCACACCUGGAAUGCAUCGCUUUUUAAAUCUCAAAUCAAUAUGAUUGCCCAAAGAAGAGAUGCUAUGGCUCAUCGAAUACUCUCAGCAAGGCUUCAUAAAAUUAAAGGACUAAAAAAUGAAUUAGCUGAUAUGAAUCAUAAAUUGGAAGCCAUCCUUACAGAAAACCAAUUUUUGAAACAACUUCAGCUUAGGGAUUUGAAAGCUAUAGAAAAAUAUAAGAAUUCACAAAAUAAUCUACCGCAAAUUAUGGCUAACCAUCAGAACGAAGUAAAACACUUAAGGCAACUCCUUAGGAAAUCCCAGGAAAAGGAAAAAACCGUAUCUAGGAAACUUAGAGAAACUGACAGCCAGUUACUGAAGACCAAAGAUGCCUUGCAGGCACUGCAGAAACUUUCCGAAGACAAAAACCUUGCAGAAAGGGACGAACUUACUCACAAAUUAUCUAUUAUUACAACAAAAAUGGAGGCAAAUGACAAAAAAAUACAGAGCUUGGAGAAACAACUGAGGCUGAACAGCAGAGCCUUUAGUCGGCAGCUAGCUAUCGAGAAUCGGAAGACUUUGGCGGCUCAAACAGCUACCAAGGCUCUGCAGGUGGAAGUAAAACACCUUCAGCAAAAACUUAAGGAAAAGGAUCGUGAACUUCAAAUUAAAAACAUCUAUAGUCAUCGAAUACUUAAAAAUUUACAUGACACCGAGGACUAUCCAAAAGAAUCUACCUGUUCUAUAGUUUCUUCAACAAAAUCAGUCCAAGCAGACAGAAAAAGUUUGCCAUUCACAAGUAUGAGACACCAGGCAACCCAGAAAUCAGACGAUCCACCUUUGACAACUAAGGGUAAAAAGGCAACAGGAAACACUGAUCACAAAGAAAAGGCAACUGAAAUAAAUCGUGAAAUUCCUCACUGUGUCAAUAAACUACCAAAGCAAGAGGAUUCUAAGACAAUAUAUGAAGAUUUAUUAAAGGAAGAUAAGCAUUUGGAAGUACAAGUACUACUGGAGAAUUUUGGAAGACAAAAAGACAAAAAAGAAGACCAAGAAAAGAAAACCAUUUCAGUGAAAGAAGAGCAAGAACUGCCACCAAAAACAAUUGAAGUUACUCAUCCUGAAAGAGAAACCAAUCAAGAUGAUCUAGUAAGAGAAAAGUUUAAAAGAAGCAUGCAGAGAAAUGGCAUGGAUGGCACACCUGGCAAAUGCACUGCUCCCUACACGAAAGGCCCCCUCAGACAAAGAAGGCAUUACUCAUUCACAGAAGCAACUGAAAACCUACAUCAUGGGCUUCCUGCUUCGGGUGGGCCAGCCAAUGCCGGCAACACGAGGUGCAGUCAUAGUACAGGCCAGCAUCUCAGUAACAGAGAGGAAAGGGAGCCAGAGCAUUCUGACAGUGGGUAUGAGCCCUCAUUUGUUAAGUCUUCCAGAACAAAAGUGAAAGAUACAACUUUCAAAGAUAAAAAAAGCAGUCUCAUGGAAGAACUCUUUGGAUCAGGCUCAGACUACAUCUUGAAAACUGAUCAGUCAGGUUCUGGUGUUACAAGAGGCUCAGAGGAGCGUUUGCAAAGUAAGGGGUUGCAUGACCUGCCUCCCAGUCAGGCCUCCGCCAGCAAUGCAUUCGGAGACUCUAAAGUAACUGUGGUAAAUUCUAUUAAGCCAUCGUCACCUAUAGAAGAAAAGGGAAAAUAAUUAUUUAAAUAUAAUCAAUAUCCUAAUGCAUUCUGAUUUGAUAUAA